UUCCCUCUCCCCCUCCUCCCCCCAGCCCCGCCCAUCAGUGUUUGCUUUUCUCCCGGAUCCGGAUGAAGGGGUUGCCCUGCCCGUGCCCGGCCCUGCCCCACUUCUGGCAGCUGGGGUCUCGAUUCAUGGCCGAGGGCUCUGGGACCCAGGCCCCCGGCAAAGGGCCCCUGCUCAGUGUACAGCUCCUGCGAGCCCAGUAUGAAGGCCUGAGACGGCAGCAGAAGGCUCAGGCCCACGUGGUGGUGCUGCCGAAAGGAGGGAACAUCCCUGCUCCUGCUGAGUCCAUGGUCGGUGCCGUGUGGAUUAACAAGGAGAGGAGGCACUCACUGUCCCUGGAAGAGGCAGACUCGGAGCCAGAGGGGAUGCUAGAGGAGGCUGACAGAGGCAGUCUCUGGACCCCUGAGUCUCCAUGGCACACACACCUAGAGAUGUACCGCCUGGUCCAAACCUUCCGCCAGGAAACCAGUCAUCAAGUAAAGCACAAGGAUAAGUUCGUGGGGCCUGAGCAAAGGCUCCCUCAGGAAGGAGACUCGGGCUUGUCUGAAGACAGUCAGAUGAUUCAGCAAGGGAUCAGGAUGCCAGAGGCAGCCCAGCCUGAAGAUCAGGUGGGUGAUACCCAAACAGAGGCAAGGGGAUCCAGCUUAAACAUUGGCACUCAGCACCCCCUUUCCAUAAAGAACACACAUAGAUCUGGAAAACCAGCUCACUAUCCAUUUCCCCGGAAGAAAACUCCCAGGAUCUCCCAAGCAGCCCGGAAUCUGGGCUUAUAUGGCCCAGCCUGAAGCUUUCUCCUCAAAAAUCUCAAACUUGGAGUUCCCGUCGUGGCGCAGAGGUUAACGAAUCCGACUAGGA